AUGAAGUAUGGCGACUUCCGCAGCUUGGGUGGAGCUGCUUGGCACAGCAUCCACAGUCGCUUCGGAACCCGUUUGGGACCAAAACCUGAUGGAGCCCAGGAAACUGGGAAAGAUCAAGGUUUUCGCUUCCAUUUGAGUGGUCGAAGCUCUGGAUCCUUCAAGGACGGAUUUCACGACUACGUGAUACGGGGAGACCAGGCAGCUGUGUCCAGUAGCAAUGGCACCAAAGUGGGUUUGCUGACAAGGCACAAAGUGGCCGGAGGCAGUCAGGUGAGCGUCAGACUUCGGCUGACCCGUGCAGAAAUGAGCUUUGAAAAGAGCGCUUUCGCUGACUUCGGCCACCUGCUUCAGCACAGAAGAGAAGAUUGCGACAGGUUUUACGGCUUCCUGCAGGAAGACAUUCAUUCGGAGGAGCGCAGGAUCAUUCACCGACAGGCCCUGGCUGGCAUGGUGUGGACAAAGCAGUUGUAUUACUAUGACAUCCGUUCCUGGCUACAAGGUGACGCUGGUUAUCCCACACCUCCAAGCCGUGGCGGUCGAAACGAAGAUUGGGAUCAUCUCUACAACUUGGAUGUGAUCUCCAUGCCUGACAAAUGGGAGUAUCCCUGGUAUGCCACCUGGGAUUUGGCGUUUCACUGCUUGCCCUUGGCUUUGGUGGAUCCGGGUUUUGCCAAGGAGCAGUUGCGCCUCCUAACCUCUGAGAGGUUUAUGCACCCCAAUGGACAGCUCCCAGCCUACGAAUGGAAUUUCAAUGAUGUGAAUCCUCCCGUGCACGCCUGGGCCGUUUGGCGCGUCUUUCAGAUGGAUCGCAAGACACGUGGCGACGCCGGAGACCUGGGCUUCCUGGAAGAGCUCUUCCACAAGAUGAUGCUGAACUUUCAGUGGUGGGUGAAUCGAAAAGAUGCCGAAGGGAGGAAUAUUUUUCAAGGAGGAUUUUUGGGUUUGGACAAUAUUGGAGUGGUGGACAGAAGCCAACCAUUUCCAAACGGUGGAAUGAUCAACCAGUCAGAUGGAACCAGCUGGAUGGCCUUCUACAGUCUGACGCUCAUGCGCAUGGCUCUAGAACUGGCCCUGCACAAUCCUGUGUACGAAAGCAUUGCCUGCAAAUUUGCCGAGCAUUUCUUGCUCAUUGCGAGGGCGAUGACCAGGGUUGCCAACAACGCCGAGCAUGGCUUGUGGGAUCCAACAGAUGAGUUCUACUAUGAUGUGCUGGCCAAUCCGGAUGGCACCAGGGAACCCAUCAAGCUGCGGUCCAUUGUGGGUCUGAUUCCUCUCUUUGCUGUGGAGGUUUUGGAACCCGACAUGCUGAAGAGAUUGCCCCGUUUUGCCGGACAAAUGCAGUGGCUGUUCGACAACCGCCCAGAUUUGGCAUCUUUGGUCUCCAGAUUUGAAGAGCCCGGUCGGGGAGAACGCCGACUACUGUCCCUUCUUCGGGGCUACAGGAUGAGGGCUCUGUUGAAGCGGAUGCUGGAUCCUGCGGAGUUCCUGUCGGACUACGGCAUCCGGGCGCCAGCCCAUCAAGCCAUGAUCACCAAUGAUGCCCUGCUGGCAUCUGUGAAGUUAUUGGCAUCCGAUCUGGACGGCACCCUGUUAAAUCCCAAUCAUGUCCCAGCUACAGGCACCUUUGAUGCAAUUGCAGAGUAUGAAGCUGCAGGAGGUUCUUUUGCGGUGUGCACUGGACGUGAUUUGGGUUCAGCUCGUGGCGUUCUGAAGGGCUUGGACAUUGACCGAAUGCCAGGUGUCUAUCUGAAUGGUACGACUGUGAAGGGAAAAGGAGGCGAGCUACUGAGGAAUUUGACUCUGCCAUUGGAUCUCAUCAAGAAAAUGGUGGACUGGGGCCGCAAGCAUCGCGACGUGGCAUCGAUUCUAUUCGUGGAAGGUGACAAUCAUUACGUCAUGGAUCGCUCUGAAGAGUAUGCUCUUUUCAUGCACAAGCACUUGCUGGAUCCGGAUCCUAUCGAGGUGAAGGGCGGCUAUCAAAGUGACAAUCCACCCAUCCCAACACAGGUCAACAUGAUGCGUGUCAUUUGUCAUCCGGAUAAGAUGGACGUGGUGAAACCACAAGUGGCAGAAUGUGUGGCGGGCUAUGCGGCAUAUGCGCAAUCCUUGCCCACCACGAUAGACAUCAUGGCGCCGGGCACCAACAAGGCAGCUGGGCUCCAUGUGCUACAGAAAUCGCUGGGUCUCAGCAUGGCGGAGUGCUGUGCCAUCGGCGAUUCGGAGAAUGACUUGGAGAUGCUGCAGUCCGUUCGAGUGGCCUGUGCCAUGGGCAAUGCGGUGAAAAAGACCAAGGCCGUAUCGCACUUUGUGAUGCCCAAGAACACAGAUCAGCCUGCUGGCGUGGUGUGUUUGAUUCGUUCCUUGACAGCCGCAUUGAAGGCCAUGAAGGCCAAGGUGGAAGUUGAGUCGACCAAAGAGAAGCUCCGGGUGGCGUGUUUCAGUAUGGGUUCCUGGGGCACCGGUGUGGCACGACAAGUUGGGCAAUCCUUGUUGCACCUGAAACGCUUCGAAGAGGCGUUGCCCGUAUGGGUUCCUGCCAUGGAGACGGUGACGGCCAUGAACGAAACGGGCUUCGAUGAGAGGCAUUUGCCGGGCCUCAGAUUGCCACGCAACGUGCACGCCACAGUGGAUCCUGUUGAGGCUGCAAAGGAUGCAGAUCUGCUGAUUUUCGUGGUCUUUGGGGACGAGAUGGAGCAGUUGAUGCAGAAACUCAAGGGGAAGGUAAAGCCCACAGCCACUGCAGUGGUCAUGUCCAAAAUUCUGAUGCCGUCUACAGAGAAGCAGCUGAAGUUUGGAAGUGCUUAUGUCAGCGAAGCUUUAGGUUUGCCUGUGGCGGUGCUGAUGGGUGGCACUCUUGCAGCAGAUGUGGCUCGAGGGCACUUUGCGGAAGCUACGUUGGGGUGUGAAGAUCCCAAGGUUUCCGAAGCUUUGCUGGAACUCUUCAACAAGCCCAACUUCGCCGUUAAGGGUCUGUCCUUCCCAUUGGCUGUGGAGCUCUUUGCGGUGCUGAAAUCAAUCAUCGCUGUGGCGGCAGGCUUUUGUGAUGGUCUUGAGAUGGGACACAACACCAAAGCUGCCAUCAUUCGUCUGGGAGCGGUUGAAAUGGCCAAGUUUGCCAAUCGCUUUUAUCCAGAGCAUUCCUCCAAGGAGGCGCUCACGGAAGCCUGCGGCCUGACGGACAUCAUCGCUUCCAGCUAUGGUGACUCGCGCACCAGACGCUGUGCAGAUGCCUUUGCCAGAGAGCCAUCCAAAGGAUGGGAAGAGGUUGCGAAGGAACAACUUCGCAGUGGGAUGCCCCUAGGCAUCAGCGUGGUGAAGAUGUGUGCGGACUUCGUGAAGAGCUACAAUGCCGAGGCAGAGUUCCCCUUCCUGGCCAAGGUGGACAGCAUCUGCAGCGGCGCCGCGGCACCUUCGAGCCUCACAGAGAUGGCCAUUCCACGCGUUCGGAGCUCCAGGGCUAUCAAGGUGGCUAUCCUUGGAGCUGGCAAUUGGGGAUGUGCUAUUGCCAAGAUCAUCGCCCGCAAUUGCCAACGUCGGGCAGACUUCCAGAAGCGUGUGGAAAUGUGGGUCCACGAGGAAGAAGUGGAGGGCCGUAAGCUCACCGAGAUCAUUAACAGCGAUCAUGAGAAUGUGAAGUAUCUUCCAGGGGUGGCGUUGCCUCCGAACUUGCAUGCGGUGCCUGAUGUUUGCGAGGUUGUGAAGGACGCAGCCAUUUUGGUCUUCGUGUUGCCACACCAGUUCCUUCCGGGUUUGCUGAAGACGAUCAAGGGGCUUGUUCUGCCUGACGCAGUUGCAGUUUCCUUGGUCAAAGGCUAUCUGGAGAUCGAUCGAAGUGAUGGAUCCCUCCGAACGGGCUCACAACUCAUCGCCUCAGAACUCAACGUGACCUGUGCAGUUCUCAAUGGUGCCAAUGUGGCCAACGAUGUGGCGCACGAGCACUUUGCAGAGGCCACGCUUGGGUGUUCCAACGAACAGCAAAGCCUGGUGCUUUGGAAUUUGUUGAACUCACAGAAUUUUUCCGUGCGCACCACACAGGAUGUUUUGGGCGUGGAGCUUUGCGGUGGCUUCAAGAAUGUGGUUGCCCUUGCUGCCGGCUUUUCUGAUGGCCUGGGGUUCCCAGAAAACACCAAAGCAGCCAUUCUGCGCAGAGGGCUUCAAGAAACAUCAAGCCUCAUCCAGGAGCUUUUUCCAACCUCAGCUCCGGAAACGUUGCUGGAAAGCUGCGGUCUAGCGGACUUGCUGACCACCUGCUACAGUGGCCGAAACCGACGCUGCGCCCAGGCCUUCGCAGAGGAUCCCACAAAAAGCUGGGAAGAUAUCGAAGCCACAUACCUUGGUGGACAAAAGUUGCAGGGUCCAUCCACCUGUCUUGAUGUGCAAAGCAUUAUUGAAAAGCGCGGUGUACAGAAGAAGUUCCCACUCUUUACCGCGAUUUACAAAGCUGUGACAAAGGAAAUCACACCAGAAGAAGUUUUUAAAUGCAUUGGAAUCGGUGCCUGA